UGCGUCGGCCCUGAUGGACAACUGGCCACUAUUUGAAAAUAUGAGCUUCUUGAAGGAGUUUGUCAAGCCAAGACCAACUCGGUGCACAACAAAUAUUUUGGACGAGUAUGUAGAAUACCCCCCUUCGCCAAAUUUCCCGAUGUCGCUUUCGGUGUCGGAGUCGUCUGUGCUGACAGAUUCUCUUGACUUCGAGGAGUCGCCGUUAUUGACGGAGGAGUUGGCUUGUGGACAAUCAACCCCGACAACUUCUCAGAAGAAAAGAAAACGACAAGAAAAUGAUGCAGAUGGAGAGUUUCGCGAGGUAUGUAAAAUGUACAAGGAUCUAUGGAAAGAGCGCGCUGCGCAAAAAUGUAGUGACACCCUUCGUGCAUUUGGGCAAAUGAUUGUGUCCACUGUCAGCGAAAUGAGCCCGGCGAAACAAGCAAAGGCCAUACAAGUUGUGACAAAUGCCAUAAUGACCCUUAAAUUGGAGCCCGAAGAAUAGGAAAGUCACGACUCAUCUUGAUGCUUGUGUAUACUUUAUAUUAGAUACCUAUAUAAGUUUAGUUUAAUUCAAACAUAAUCCAAAUAUUGAAAUUGAAGUGCAUUAGAAUGUUUGUUUUAGGUUUCAAAAGCUAUACAUUUAAAAUAAUUAUCUAUUACAUCAUUGCAUGUUAAGCUGCCUUUACACGGGUCGGUUUUUUGUCGUUCAUCCGAAAUAGACCCGGGUAAAUGGCAAUUCCACUGUAAAAUGUAAAUAUUUUGGCUAGCCGAUUUUCCAGUCGACAAAAAUCAACCCGUGUGAAGGCAUCUUUAAAUAGAAAACAAUAUUAAAUCAUUUCGUCGCUGGAAUAAUGAAAUAGUGUAACAUGAAAAGUAUAGUUUUGAGAAAAAGGAAUUGGAAGUUUUUAUA